AUGAUAAGCGGUAGAAAAUGAAUGAAAUAAUGAAUGCUGAAUGCCGAGCAUGUUGGGAGUCACUGGAGCGCUUUUUGUAUUGUUGCACCAAAGUGACCAUUUUCUGUCAUCCAGUCAGUGGACAGCGGUGUUUAUAGUAGCUUCACUCUCAACAAGCUUAAAAAAAACGGGGGACAUUAAGGGUUGGCUUUGGGAACCUUUAUAAUGGACUUUGUACAACUUAAGUGUCAUUGGAUCCCUUCAAAGCGGCUGUGUAAAUCUAAGUAAUACAUAUUUUACAAACAAGUUAUUUUAUUCAAGGACACACCGCAUGGUGCAGUACUGCUUGGUGGAAACAGGAAAGCUCAUCUGUCUACAAUGAAAUGAUGAAAAAAAAACUUACAGUAACUGCAAAGAUUAUUUUAAAGUUACACAAGACUUGAGUGACUAAUGAAGAUGUGCUGGACCCAUGGUGCUUGUCUCUCAGUGUGAUAAAAGCUGUGGGGGAAAAGAGGCGCGGCGCAGAACGCAGAUGCUGGAAAUGUGGGCGGUGCCUUCAUUGUCCAUCCAGCAACAAUUUGCGAAUGACUCCAAGACUGCACAACACAGGAGGAGACCACAGUCUGGACUUUUAAGCUGCUCCUAGAUCUCUGUGGAAACUAGAUCCAUCUGAUGACUGAUGUCUUGCUUCCUCACUUUGUGGCUCUCUACCGGGCUUCACUAAAGAUGAUAGCGCCAUGCUGACAGUAAGGUUAGUGCUUAUGGGGAUGAUUUUAUGCGUCUCCUGUCUGCUUGACGUGCAAGCCAAAGUUUUUAGCAGGGACGUCAUCAAACAGGUGGAGAUCCUGAUGGAGAAAGACUCUUUGACUAUGUGUGCAGGCUGCAAGCUCUACACACCCAAUUUAGGAGACUACAAGCGCUGCCCCAUCACCACCCUGAAUUGUUUUUCUGCAGAGGUCAAAGUCCUCCUCAUGGAGUGGGAAGUCCGUCCCAAACCCCCACUGGAGAGGGGCCUCAAGUUUCUUGCGGCAGAACUCCCCCCCCAGACAGAGUCUGAAUCAUGUCAGUGUGAGCUCCACAAGGAGGAAGACGCCAAAGACUUCCUCUCACAGCUGAACAAAAUGCUACAGGCCAUCAACUCGGACGACAGCUGAACACACCGAUUCCAACUGGGGACACUUUUGAUGGGAGUUUUGCCCAUGCUGGCCAAUCCAGGUUUUAAUUCAUGAUAUUCCACGAAAAAAAAUGUCUUACUUCUUAUCCUUAUUCUUAUUAGCAGGUUUUACGAUUUGAAGACCGUGGGGAAGUUAGAUUUACGUUGGACGUUGGAUAUUCAUCUCCGUAGGAACAGCGGGAAUGCUGCUGUCGGAGCUGCUUGUUCGUACUAGGGACCGUCAAUAAAUUUCCAUUUUCUAUUCCAUUGAAUACAGUUUGCUAAUAAAAAAAAAACACACAUGUAAAUCACACUAGAAAUUGAUCCAAAACCAUGUCAAAUAAUUGAACAUUUAGAAACAUCUAAAAACAUUUCGCAUGCCCAUUUUAGCAUUUUUAUAUUUUAUUGGCUUUUUAACAUUAAAAAUUAUAUAUAACUUGCAGACCAUGCAGACCAUGCUUCAAAUCACUUUAUAUUAGCAAUCCCAGCCUUGUAGUACAUUCAUUCAUUCAUUCAUUUUCACGAAGGUCGCGGGGGUGCUGGAGCCUAUCCCAGCUGUCUUCGGGCGAGAGGCGGGGUACACCCUGGACGGGUCGCCAGCCAAUCACAGGGCACAUAUAGACAAACAACCAUUCACACUCACAUUCAUACCUAUGGAUAAUUUUGGAGUCGCCAAUUAACCUAGCAUGUUUUUGGAAUGUGGGAGGAAACCGGAAUACCCGGAGAAAACCCACGCAUGCACGGGGAGAACAUGCAAACUCCACACAGAGAUGGCCGAGGGUGGAAUUGAACCCUGGUCUCAUAGCUGAGAGGUCUGUGUGCUAACCACUAGACCGCCGUGCCGCCCCCUUGUAGUACAAUGCACACCUAUUUGUUUUUCAAGUAUUGUUUAAUAUGAUUUUAUAUGAAUGUUUGAUAUAACAAAAUCAAGGAUAAUAUUCGAUAGCUUCAAACACACGUGACCUAGUGUUAUUGUGUUACUGUGUUAUCACUUUCUGCACUAAUUAUUGCUGGAGUAUUACAAAGCAGUAUUUAUUCCCAUUCAGCAAGUGGAAUAGGUCAUGAGCAUGAUGAUGCAUGUCACAUAAGAUGUUAUCAUUUGUUUCAGGUACUGUGUGAUGUGGUGGAGAUGGUUCUCAUGUCUGGAAGUGUUGUCCGAGUGAUUAUACCUGGUGUUUUCAACACUUUGCGGAGUGCCUGAUGAUCAGCCUUACUGCAGCUACAUAACUACUCAAAUAUGAUAAUAUAGUUAUCACUCUGCUAAUGGCACAGUUAUAGUUCACCAAGAGUAUUGAAAAGUUUCGCAAAAGGUGUGCAUCAUAGUAUUAGGCUUGUAUUACUUACUUACUUACUUAUACAGUUGUUUCCAGCACCUAGAUCACAUGAGUUUGAAGCUAUUGAACAUUAUCCUUGAUUUUGUUAUAUCAAACAUUCAUAUAAAAUCCUAUUAAACAAUACUUGAAAAACAAAUAGGUGUGCAUUGUACUAAUAUAACGUGAUUUGAAGUGCCUGGGCGACGGCCUGCAAGCUAUAACACAGUUGCAUUUUUUAAUGUUAAAAAGUCAUGUAAAAUUUAAUAAAAUAUAAAACUGCUAAAAAUGGGGGUUCUAAAUGUUUUUAGUGUAGGAUUAAUUAUUUGACAUGGUUAUGUUUCAAUUUCUGGUGUCAUUUAGAUUUUUUUAGCAAACUGUCUUCAAUGGAAUAGAAAUUAAUGGAAAUUUAUUGACGGUCUCUGGUACGAAUAAGCAGCACCGAAAGCGAGAAGCCCGGGCACAGUGAGGCGGACUACCGCUGUUCCUACGGAGAUGAAUAUCCAACUUCACUGCGGUGUUUUGAAGUUUAAAGGCCUAGCAGACAGAACUACUGCUGGUGUUCUUGAACGUUGCCCAAAAACAAACAUUCAUUGCAUCAGCACAUUCCUCAACAGUGAUAAUGAUGCGGUAACUGAACCACGAUCCACCUCUCCAAGAAAUGUGACACAUUAAUCACAUUAACACACACAGAACAAGCUGCCAGACACUAUUAGUCUUGCAAAGAAAACAUUGAGGAACGUGCAAGUCAGAACAAAGCAGACAUUUUAUUUUGCAAUGAACAUCAAUAUUAACACAGCCUUAUCAUAGAAAUUACACGCCGUUUUGCUGCAGAGAAGUCUGUUCAUCAAGAGUAAAAUAUGUGUGUGUGUGUGGGGGGGGGGGGUUAAGGUGAAGAAAAAACAAGGUCCAAAUGACGUGUUUGAAAAGCAAGUGUACUGCGAAGUCCAGCGAGCACAACCAAAUGCUUUUUAAUGCAAUUAAAGAAAAAACUGACAGCAGUUCAAUCCAGAAUGCACGGUUUGUUCCAAUAGCAGAGAAAACAACUUCGGUUCUGGUUGAGCUCUUUCUGUGCGCAUGCUCAGUAGGCCCAGACUCGAUGCGGCCGUUCGGUGCUGUGAGAAAAGACUUUUUGGUCCCUCAGUGAAGACAUCAGCUCUCAGGCUUGUCCUUGUUGGGCCCCAUGAAGUCCAGUCCGUCGACCGGGAUGUCCUUGUCCUUUAUGGCCUUCUGCACGCAGCGCUGGUACAACCGGAAGCUCUCGGUGCAUGGGUCGCCGCUUCUCUCUCCCUUGAGGAACUUCUCGGCGAACCAGCGGUUAAAACACUGAUCAUAUUCCCGCUUCAGGUCCGUGCAGGCUUCCCCCACGCUGUUCAUGUUGCUGAAGCCCCUUUAACGAGACGCUAAAUACCUCCAACACACGCACGCUUUCUCAGCAGACUUAUCAAGCCACGGCUGGCAACCGGAAGCGUAACGAAGAUCGUUUAUUUUUACUCACCCUCACUCUUCCAGAAGUUGCAAUUCCCUAAAAAUUGCUCUGGGUAAAUGGUCAAAUCAAAACCGAAUUGAAUGUCAUCCUUAUACACUAACAUGAGGACAGGUCUGUAGAAAAUUGAUGGUUGAAUAGUUACAAACAUACCCCCUGUUGGCUAUGAGAAGUAUAUGAGAUGAUGUGGGAGCACUCUGAUUAGAUAGUAAAUUUUGUUAUCCACGUGUCAUCAUUUAAGAAACAUAU